UGGAGACAUGACGUCCACUGCGAAGUAUAAGAUUGCUCAUUCGAAGAAACUUGGAAGGUAUCUCGUAACAGCUAAAAACAUAGCACCGGGGGAAGUUAUAAUUCGAGAGGAACCGAUCGCGGUCGGUCCGAUGGUGUACAAGAAGGAUUGUUUCUGUUUUGCCUGUAUGCGCACGUUACCAAAAAUUGGCGAAGGAAGACAUUACGCUUGCUCCAGAUGUAAAUUUGCGCCGCUGUGCAGCGUAGCAUGCGAGGUACGGACAAAUCAUCAUACGAACGAAGAAUGCCAAAUAUUUAAAGAUAAUCGAGAUCUAUUAACAGAAAGCGAUUUAGCAGGAAUUUUAUUGGCCUUGCGGCUAUGGAUAAUAAAACACAAGAAUCCAGCUGUGUGGGAGAAAAUAGAUUGUAUGGAGGCUCAUUUGGAUAAGAGGAUUGGCACGUCCGUUUGGAGGGACAGAAAAGUCAAUGUUGUAGAUGUAAUCCGAAAGCUUCGUUGGCCGGCUGAGAUUGAACUGCCGAACACGGAGUUAAUGCAGAAAUUAUGCGGAAUUUUGGAUGUGAAUGCUUUCGAGUUGCGAUCACCUGGUGCCCUUGACGGACUCCUUCUGCGAGGUUUAUAUAUUGAAGCAACUUUGAUGGCUCACGAUUGCAGGGGCAAUACUCAUCUCACCGUGGACGAUAAUUUUCAGCUGACAGUUUAUGCGAGUGUAACAAUCAAACAGAAUAAACCUAUCCUUUUCAAUUAUACUUCGUCGCUGCUGGGUACAGCUGAUAGAAAGGAUCAUCUUCGAGAAGGAAAGUAUUUCGAAUGCGAAUGUUCUUUAUGUACGGAUCCAUACGAAUUGCAGUCGCAUUUGAGUAGCGUGUUAUGCCCGCGUUGCAAAAAAGGAUUUAUAGGCAUACAAGAUACUUCCAUCGUCGAUCCAUACGAGCGAAGUCGAUGGCAAUGCCAGAUGUGCAAGAGAACCUACGGCGGUCGUCUGAUCAGAGCUACGUUGAACAUAUGCAGAACACUUAUCGACGAAUGUGAGGACGUUGACAUAAAAAAAAUAGACAGCUUGCUUAAAAAAUUAUCUCGAUCGCUGCAUACCAAUCACUUCCUAAUGUUAUCUUUAAAGCAGAAAUUAUUAACGGCUUGUAGAAAAGAAAUAACGUCUCUCAAUCCUCAGAAAAAGGUUGUACAAAAAAUGUUGGAUACGUGUAAAGAAAUCUAUGAUGUCUUAGAUAUAGUAGAGCCAGGUAUAUCACGUUUAAAAGGCAUAAUGUUAUACGAGAUGCAUUUGCCUAUAAUAAUAUUGGCAAAUCGAUCUUAUUCUGCGCGUGAGAUUUCUUCAACGCAGUUGACCUGCCAAUUGGAAGAAGCUAGAAAUCUUUUAAAAAAAGCUCUGACUAUGCUUCUUUUGGAACCGUUAACCACGCCAGAAGGGAAAUUAGCUAAAAGAGCGUUGGAGGAAUUACGGAUGCUAAAUCAGAAUAUAAGUGACGUUAAAUCCUUACCGUUGGAGGAGCCCAAAGUUCAUAUGCGUAGAACGAAGGAACAUCAUAAAAAAGUCAAAUGACACAUCCCAUUUCAUUUGAUCCCAAUAUUUUUCA